AUGAAUCAUACUAUUAAUAUAUCUGAUAUUGAACAACAAACGCCAGAAAUUAUCAUUGUUCCGUUAUUAAAUGAUAUGAUUGAUCAAGUAUUGUUAAUGCGUAAACACCAUCUUGCAAGACUCAACAGAGAAUAUGUACGCCGUUAUCGAGAACGAAAGCGACAAACUGAUAAAUCCAAGUAUAUGUUACAAGUGCGAGAACAAAAACGACGAUAUAGAGCAUCACAAAAAUCUAACCAUCUACCGCAUAAAUAA